AUGCUUAUUGCAAGAGUCUACAUCCUUCGACACGGAGAAACGGACGAGAAUAGAGCGCAUAUCAUUCAAGGACAACGAGAUACAUUGUUGAAUGAGGCUGGGAAAAGACAAGCGGCGAUGGCAAUAGAUGUUUUUAGAGAUGUAAAUCUAGAUAUUGCUUUCACCAGCGAUUUGCAAAGGGCAGCAGAUACCGCUGAAAUUAUAUUGAAAACCCAUCCCAGGCGCGACCAGAUCACAUUGAUCAAGGAGAAAAGGCUCCGGGAACGUUGUCUGGGAAGGUUAGAAGGGAAACAUUUGUCGGAGAGACGAAACCAAACUGGUGUAGACGAAAUGGCUGAGAGCGUGGCAUCAUUCUUGGACCGUGCCCUGUCUUGGUGGGAUACGGAUAUAGUUGAGGGUCUGACUGGUACACCGAGAAAAGUUCCGCGUGAGGUUUUGGUGGUUUCGCACGGAGGAUUCAUUAGUAGUUUGGUAAGGAAUCUGAUAUCGAGUGGUAGAAUUGAGGCGGAACCAGAGCAGGUGACAAACUGGACGUGUUUCAAUCUCUCAAUCACGACAAUCGAUUUCGAGGAAGGAAUCAAGCCUAGGCUGGUCAGCUACUCGAAUAUCUCUCACCUAGAGGCGGAAGAACUUGUGCAGUAUAACGCGGACGUACUGAAAGCAGCGGGAUUUUAAACAUGGGAAAACAAUUAGCUAAUAGAUUUUAUUAUCGGAGGUCGGCUCCGAGCCGUCUUGGC